AUGCGGCCGAAGUUUAAUUCCUCUUUGGUGGUCGACAUCUUUGUCCGCAUCACCGGCGACGAAGUCGACGAUGCGUCCUCCCUCGUGCCCAAUAUCAACUCGUUCGGCCUUAGUGCUUUACUGACGGUAGACCGCAAAGCAGAUGUGGUUGUCGGCUACUCUGUCGUGUGUGUGGAGGAGAAGGACAUGGAGGAGGGAUUGUUUCCAGUGAAGAGCGUGGACGAGGCCAUCGAGAUUCUGCUCGCUCGGAGGCCGAAUAAAUUGCUGGAGUUGAUGAGGUUGUCGUUCUGUGAUCCGGCCAAGGACUUGUCGUAUUGCUCUCUAUCGAAUUUUAUUGAUGUGAGUCUGGAAUAUACAGAGUAA